UUUCAUUCCUGCUCCCAUUCCGCGCAUAUUUCGCAUCCUUGGAGAGACGCUGCGCAUUUUACGCACUCCGCGCGCCCCGAUCGUCCAUCAGCGCCAAGCCGAGUGCGCCGUCCGGAGUUGGCCGAGCGCUUCCCGGUUCUACGGCGGCUCCGAUCCGGUGGGAAAAGUGGGAAUUAAAAGGAGAAAAGCGGCGUUUGGAUCGAGGUGUUGGUCCUUCUGAUGCUGGGUUCUCCAUCGACUGGCUGACUUGUUUUUUUUUCCACUCCUGGCUGCUGUUUAGUAACAUCCAUACUGUACCAAUAGCUGGACACCUGUACGAGUUACCAUUAAUAUUCUUUACAUCAAAACCCCACCAUAAGCCAAGCGCUGUUAGCUGCCAGUAUGGAGCGCAGUAGCUGGAGUGGCAGUGAGAGUCCAGGGGAGGACAUGGACAGACUCAGUGAUUCAGGAGGAGACAAGACAAUGGACGGGGACCCCGAGGGGGUCUGGAGCCCGGAUAUCGAGCAGAGCUUCCAGGAGGCCCUGGCCAUCUAUCCACCCUGUGGGAGGAGGAAGAUUAUACUGUCAGAUGAAGGGAAGAUGUACGGGCGAAACGAGCUGAUAGCCAGAUACAUCAAACUCCGAACAGGCAAGACGCGGACAAGAAAACAGGUAUCCAGUCAUAUCCAAGUCUUGGCCAGAAGGAAAUCCAGGGAGUUCCAGUCCAAACUAAAGGACCAGAAUGCCAAGGAGAAAGCUCUGCAAAGCAUCUCAUCCAUGUCCUCGGCUCAGAUCGUUUCAGCCACAGCCAUACACAGCAAGCUGCUGCCUGGAAUAGUGCGGGCCAGCUUCCCCGGCAACGCGCAGCUGUGGCAGGGGAUGAUUCCUGGAGGGCAGUCCAGCUCCACCACGGAAGACAUCAAGCCGUUCUCCCAGCAGGCCUACCCUGUGCAGACAGCAGGGACCACCGCAAUCGCAGCCUAUGAGCCUGCUGCAGCUGCCCAAACCCACAGAGAGCCAGCAUGGCAGGGGCGAUCCAUCGGCACCACCAAACUACGACUGGUGGAGUUUUCAUCUUUCUUAGAGACGCAGAGGGAUCAGGAGGCAUACAAUAAGCACCUGUUUGUGCACAUCAGCCAGAGCAGCCCGAGCUACAGCGACCCGCUGCUGGAGUGUGUGGACAUCAGGCAAAUCUACGACAAGUUCCCCGAGAAGAAGGGCGGAUUGAAGGAGCUUUUCAGCAAGGGCCCACAGAACGCAUUCUAUUUGAUCAAGUUCUGGGCGGACCUGAAUUACAGCGUACAGGACGACUCGGCUGCCUUCUAUGGCGUAACCAGCCAGUAUGAAAGCUCAGAGAACAUGACCAUCACCUGCUCCACAAAGGUCUGCUCCUUUGGCAAGCAGGUGGUUGAGAAGGUGGAGACGGAGUACGCAAGGUUUGAAAACGGACGUUUCGUCUACAGAAUCAGCCGCUCUCCCAUGUGUGAAUACAUGAUCAACUUCAUCCACAAGCUGAAACAUUUGCCUGAGAAAUACAUGAUGAACAGCGUCCUGGAAAACUUCACUAUACUGCUGGUGGUGAGCAACAGAGACACUCAGGAGACCUUGCUGUGUAUGGCAUGUGUGUUUGAGGUGUCAAACAACGACCACGGAGCACAGCACCACAUCUAUCGACUGGUCAAGGAAUAACACACUCCUUCUGAUCAACGGAAGCACAUCUAUGGCCUUUGCUUGGUGAUCAUUCAUGGUGACAUUGAUGGGAGAGAAAUUUAUCCCUUAGAAGCUACCAAAACGUCAGUCCACCAAAAAAAAAAAAAAUAAAAUCAAUAAUGCUAAAUAAUAAAGUACAGAUUAAAAUGGUUGCAUUUUCACUGCCAAUUUAUAAACUAGCCAUCAACAAAAGCAGUUGGAUAGUAGGCUGUCCCCGCCCCCCCGCAGAACUCCACCACAUGAGGAGCGUUUAUCGUCUCUCCCACUAAAUCCAUUUUCUUAGUGCACCAGAAUUUUACGGCAGUGAUGACAGGAAUAAAAGUGGGAUUCAUGUGAUAUGCUUUUGGGGAAAACAACAGAGGGAGAAGAAGAGACAUCACCCCCUGGUGGAGGAAAAAAGCAUUAUCAGCCAAGACAUUCCGAAGGUCAGACCCUGUGUGUCAUCAAUGAAUUGUUAUGGGGGGAAAACAAGGACAUUUCUGCAUAAUGGUAUGGUAGAAUAUAGAUCUGGAUGUGUGCAGAUAGACACUGCAGGUUGUGCCAGUUGGGCUCUUGCACAAGAGGUGUUUCCCAAAGAAAAAGAAUCCAAGUUUAUACUUUUUUGUAUGUUUCCUUUAACACACUCAAAAAAAAAAAGAAAAGAAAAAAAAACUUGGGAUGUUGUUUUAUGGAUUGUAGCAUAUAGAUUAUAUUUCAAUUCCCCAACUAUCUUAAAUUUAUUAAAGCAUAAUGGGGGAAAAAACAGAAACAAUUCAGGUACCUAUUUGUGCAGCAGGCGACUCUUCAUCCAACCCUUUAGACUUUAGUCCAGAUUUUACUGAAUACAGCACAGAGAUGGUGGAUUCUGGUAAAGACUGAGACAAAUGAUGACAAGUAUGGAGUCAAUUUUUUUCCAUUAUUUUUGCAAAAAAAAGAAACAUAAAAAGGAUGCAAUUAAUCUUUGAAACACUUCUUAAUCAACAAAGAUUCUGAGGAAUUUUGCUGUUUUCUAAGCUUUUAUUCGUUUUAUAAUUUUUCUUAUCUUUAAUCUUUAAAAAAAAACCUUUUAUUCUUUUUUCAGAUUUCUCUUUUUCAUAUUGAACUCUCUACAUUCUCUUGACUUCUGGGGCGGGCUUUUCUAUGGAGUUAGGAGCAAAAACAAAUUUCUGUUGGUUUGCUUGGAUGUAAGCAACAAAAAUUUUUAUCGAUCAUGAAUGAGAAUUUGCACUGGGCUCGAAGUAAAGAGAAUGUUAUCUGUGAAACGCAAUUUUAAAAGAAUACAACUCAAUCUGAAAAAGAAAUAUUAUAAAAAAUAUACAAAGAAAGAAAAUUGAAAACUAAAGUCUUAAAAGACAGCAAAGUUUUUCAAAGUUUCAUUUUUUUUAUGCAUUUUUUUUUUCUUUUCAAAUUUUUACAAAAAAAUGUUAUCGUUAAACAAUAUUGGAACAAAGUUCACUCCAUAGAAUGAUCCAAGACACUGGGAUCAUUAUUUAAACACUCUUUAGAUUCCUUGGAAAAGCACUGUGAUUGUCUCUUAAACUGCAUCAUGCAUAAAGUCUGGUUAAAGCAUUUUUAUUUCAGUAUUUCUACCAGCAAACUAGAGCCUUAAUGCCCGAACCACCAAAACCUGAGAUUCUUCUCAACCUGUUCCGACCGACUGCCAUGGCUGCAGGCUUAAGAAGCUCCUGCGUCAGGAUUAUCGAUGACACCCUUCCCCUUCUAUCACUACCCUCCUUUAUGAAUCCAAAACCAAAAAAAGCUCUGAUGAUGGUGGAGUAUCUUGUAGCAGUUGUUCUCCGAUGGCUUGUCUGUGUUAUACUAAGCAGUGUGAAGUGCCUUUGGCUGCAGACAGCAGUAGACAUUUCUGUUCGGUUUCACUGAUGCUCCAUGUUUUAGAGGAAGCUCUGUUGGCGUAAAUGAACUCCGGUUUCCUGCUGUCUUUGUAUCCUGUUAUCUAAAGUCUGAUAUUUAAUGUAUUAUUUCAAUGACGGUCAGCACUGGAUCCUCUUGAAAGAUCUGUUUAUUUUCACAGUUAAAUGGAUCUUUCCCUCUUUUUUUUCUUUCUUUUUUUGGUAUUUAUUGGCAGUGUUUGUUGUGUUUGUUUUUGUGCAUCAGAUGUAAUUGCUUCAUGUUAGAAGAGCUUGCACACUUCAUCUAAUGAGGGGUCUCAAUCAAACUACACCUUUUUUUUAGAAGAACAAUAGUUAAAGUCCAAUUCCAACACGAACCUCUACUGAAUAACUGUCUAAUUAGUUAAAUGCAUGGGCUGGCAUGAUAAGAAUAAAAAAUAUUGCAUUUUUGAUGUAUUUGGGACUAAAAAUCAAAACAAGAAAGAAUCAAUAUCAAUAUUAAUUUAUGUCAUUUAAAACAGAAGAGCAACCAUUAUUCCUGCUGCUAGAAUUAAAUAAAAUUAAGUGGCUUUCAAAGAGAAAACAAAUACCAGGCCUGGUUAUAAAAAAAGUUUUGAGUUUAAUGAUUUACAAAUAGUUUCCACUUCUAAUGCAACAUUUAUCAUGUACGAGCAACUGAACCCACUAACCAAAGUGCUAGCUCAACUUUAUUUGACUUUAUUAAUCUGAUUAAUUCCAAAUUAAGUUCAGCUAGCACAGUGCUAGCUCAACUAGCACGAACAAAAGUGCUAGCUCAACUUUAUUUCACUUUAUUAACCUGAUUGAUUCGAAAUAAAGAUUAGCUAGCACAGUGCUAGCUCAACUACCACUGACCAAAGUGCUAACUCAACUUUAUUUCACUUUAUUAACCUGAUAAAUUCGAAAUAAAGCUGAGCUAGCACAGUGCUAGCUAAACUAGCCCUAACCAAAGAGCUAACUCAACUUUAUUUCACUUUAUUAACCUGAUUAAUUCAAAAAAAAGCUGAGCUAGCACAGUGCUAGCUCAACUAGCACUAACCAAAGUGCUCGCUCAACUUUAUUUGGACUUAAUCAGAUUGGAAAUUACUUAAAGAGUGGAUGUAGUGAAACAGAUUGAAUGUUAAACUUGAAAUGCUAAUCAAUAAGGAUGCAGCACAUUUAACAGCUUUAUUGCUAAAUACAUAUACAUUCGAUAAAUAAUUACUAAUUCCAUGGUGUUUUCCUGAGUACUAAGGGUGUGAAUUUGUAAGAAUUUGAUUCAAUACGUGUCACGAUAAAAUAUAUCCCGAUAUAUUAACAAAGAGCUCUGCUUUGCUGCACUGCCAACUAGUGGCUGGAGGUUUAAGAGUUAUAGUAAAAAGAAUUUAAAUGCAUGCUUUCAUUCUAUUUAUAUUUAAGAUCCAUUUGGCCUGAUUUUGAAUCAAUAAAAUAAAAUUCUCUAUUCAAUCCUGUACCGUGUUUUUAAAAGACCACUGGUAGAAUAACAAGCUGAUGUUAGCCGUUUAUUUAGCCAAGCCAUUUAUUCAGUUAGCUAGCUCAAAAAGUAGUUUUAAAAACGCAAAAGCAACCAGUGAUGCUAAUUUAAUUACUACACUGUUAUGUAUGUUAAAUAUUACAUCCUAAAAUAAUGAACAAUAAGCCACAUUUGUUUUCUCAGUUACCUUAUUAUAAAGGGAAAUAUUCGCAAUUUCAAAACUUUUUUUAAAAACAUAGUUAUACUAUUGUACUGGGAACCAGCCCGUUACCAGUUUCUCUAAAGUGCACAUAAAUGUAAGUUAUUAAGAAUUAAUCAAAUGGUGUCCUUUUCAGAGCCAUUCAAAAGAAAGUUUUAGGAUUUCACUUGAUAAAUGAAAUAAACCCAACAUUCAAUGGCAGCAGAGUGAAUUUGGUCCCGCUUUUCAUCGCCAAAGCCCUAUUUCUGCUGAGUGUUUAUAAAUGCAGGAACAUUUUGGCCCUUUAAUCUCUCUAAUAAUGCAAAACUCAAAAGAAUUUUUAAACAUUAAAUAUUUUAAUGCUUGUAUAUUAGGUAGAGGUUCAGCUGCUUAGCUGUUAGGAAAAUGCAUUUGUCUAAAACCACCAGUGGGAGUCAUGGAUAGUUUCAGCGAAGGCUGCUUCCUUCGCUCCCAAGUGUUAAAAAUUCCUCGCAGUCCUUUGGCAAGUGUUUUUUUUUUUUUUUUUUUCAGCUUAAGAUUUUUUCUACUGAGUUAAUGUUGAAUCACCUGAAUCUAAAGAUGAAAAUAGGUGCAGUCAUAAAAUGAGGCCCAAAAGUGUCGAAAAAUUGAAAAAUCAAAAAGCAAAAAAACCCCAAGAAAGCAGAAAUGGUUGCUCCUAUGAUUUUCUGCCAGCUGCGAUGGUUAGAGGUGUCCAUAAGGCGUCAUGCAGUGUAGCAGAUGCCUCCAUUCUGAAACAUUUCCUGAUCGACGGCCAAUCUGACCUUUUUCUGGUUCAAAUUCAUCUCUGUUAACCUUAAGACCUCUGAAUUUAUGACCGACCGACAGAGUUUUGUCUCACGCUGCACUAAUUUGUUUGCAGACAGGCUUAAAGAGUCUCUACCCCAGUAUCAACAUGCAGCAUGUGAGUGUUAACCUAGCAGGCCGCCUCGAAGCCGCUGAUGCUGUUUGGACAUCGGAUACCACCUGCUUACCAAAGACUGUAACAAUGAGGCACAAAAUACAGCAAAGUAAUGAUGUCAUGGGAGCAGCAAAUAAUCUGGACACAUCCUAACAUCUAAGCUGGCAGCCUGUGUUAAAACUGCAGGAAAUAGAUCUCUAUAAACUGUGAGUUGUUAUAAAAAGGUCUGUUUGCAGUCAGAUAAAUGUUCUCUUUUGAAUACCUUCUCAUCCUGUUGGCAUUAAAGGGUAACUCAGUGUGCAAACUCCAUGCCUGAAGGUGUGGCUGGAGUAGAGCUCAGCCUGUGUGCUUAAUGUUGUCUUGUGUGUGUAAUUGAGGCAUUUAUCUCCUAUCCUGAACCAUGUUUGGCAGAGAUCCUGUCUGUAAAUCAGCUCCAAAAUGGCCUUGAAACUUUUCGCUCCUGUGGACAUGCAGCACGCCUGAACGUUCACUGAGGCUUUCCAGAAGGUGCUUUGUAUGAAAGUAACAAUAACCUUUAUUACAGAUGUUGUGUAUAUCUUUGAUAUCCUGAUGUUUAUCCUAUUUUGUGAAGAAGAGAGAACAUUUAGAAGAAAAAAAAAAUGAAGCCAGAAACUAGUAAUAUGUGUGUGUGAAUUGGAGUUUCACAGGGUCUGAUCUUUGCUUUGUAACUUUUAUUCCCCUCAUAUGGCUAAAAGUAUGUUAGAUAUUUUCUAGCUUUGUAGACACUUUGUACGCAUAUGCUAUUCAGUUUAAAUAAAUUGUCAGUUCUAAACUGUGA